CGGCCCUGCCCGGCCGGCGCACCCGGGGAGGAAGCGGCGGCUCGGCGCUGAGCGGCCCGGGGCAGAGGCGGCGGCGCGGCUCCGGGCCCGGCAAGGACGCUCCAAGGGCGCCCGCGGUCCGCGGGGGGAGAGACCCGCGGCGGCCAUGGCCUCCUCCUCCUCCUCCUCCAAACCCCUGUCCCGCUUCUGGGAGUGGGGCAGGAACAUCGUCUGCGUGGGGCGCAACUACGCCGAGCACGCCGAGGAGAUGGGGAGCGCGCUGCCCCGCCAGCCCCUCUUCUUCCUCAAGCCUUCCUCGGCCUACGUGCGCGAGGGCUCGCCCAUCCUGCGGCCCUACUACUGCGCCAACCUGCACCACGAAGUGGAGCUGGGGGUGGUGCUGGGGAAGCGGGCCCGGGCCGUGUCCCAGCAGGCUGCCAUGGAGCACGUGGCCGGCUAUGCCCUCUGCCUGGACAUGACGGCCAGGGACACCCAGCAGGAGUGCAAAGCCAAGGGGCUGCCCUGGACCUUGGCCAAGGGCUUCCGCACAUCGUGCCCCAUCAGUGACUUCGUGCCCAAGGAGAAGAUCCCGGACCCUCACAAGCUGAAGAUCUGGCUCAAGGUGAACGGAGAGCUGAGGCAGGAAGGGAACACCUCCUCCAUGAUCUUCUCCAUCCCUUACCUGAUCAGCUACAUCAGUGAAAUAUUCACCCUGGAGGAAGGGGACUUGCUCCUGACAGGAUCUCCCAAAGGAGUUGGGUCUGUGCAGGCCAACGACGAGAUAGAGGCCGGGAUAACAGAUGUCCUCUCCAUGCGCUUUAAGGUAGCGCAGCAGACACGUGGAUCCUAACCGGGAGCCCGUCUGCGCAGGGAAGAGGCUCUUCUGUGAACAUCUGGGGAGCGAAGAGAGACACAAGCUGUCCUGUACAUUAGACACUCACACGGCCCAACCAUUGAAUGGACUGCCACGCAUCAGGGACACGUAACCCAUGAGCUUGAAAGGCUUUUGACUAAAACAGCCCCAUUUCCGUGGAGGCUUCAGCCUCCUCUGAGGCUCUGAACCUGGAAUCCAGCUUGGGGAAGGGGAUUAAUACCUAAACCGUACCUUGGAACUGGCGAUGGAGACUAUGUGCCCAGUGGCUGGUGCUCACGGUGUGUGCUCUUCUGUUCUCCUGAUGCUUCAAGCUUUGUCAAUGUAUCGUGUUAAAAUAAAAAUUAUAAAUUAAAUUAUUAAAGUGGUGAUGCAGGAGCUAAAGCUCACCCAUGCAAUGUAAAAAUCAAAGAUGCAUGUAACAGUAAAUCAAGAAUUGCAGCUUGAGAAGGAAAUUCUCUCGUUGGGGUGUUCUAUAAUGAAAAAGAUGUUUGCUUUUUAGAUUAGUUUCACGAUUCCUCCAUGCAUUUUUCAAAUGUACAAAUUAAAUGAGGAUUGCUUUCCCUUGCACUCCAAGGGGCGUAAUGCAGCAGGAAGUGUGCCAGAUGCUUGGCAGAUUGUUGGGUUUUUUCCCUAAACUGAGCUUUACAUAUACUUCUAAGAGUAAAAUAAUAUAAAAGAUCAAGAAUAAAGAAGAUCACUGCUAAAGAUCA